CGCGCCUCUCCCAAGCUGGCUCGCGGGAGCGAGCAAGGGAGGGACCGCAGCGGGCGCCCGAGGGCAGGAGGAGUCUAGCUCUGCGCGGCUGGCAGGCGGGCCCCUGGCUGCCGCAGCAGCUGCCGGUGGCCCGAAGGUGCCAGCCCGCGUGCGCGGGGUGGCUUAGCCACAGGGGCGGUGGGGCCCGGGCCGCGGCAGCCAGCGAGGGAGAGCUUGCAGGCGGCAUGGCGAGGCUGCCGGCCAGGCGGGGCCCCUGGCUGCUGGCGCUAUCUGCGCUCUGCUUCUGCCUAAUGCUGCAAAUCAGCGCCAAGAGGCCCCCCAAGACGCCCCCCUGCCCGCCCAGCUGCUCCUGCACCAGGGACACCGCCUUCUGCGUGGACUCUAAGGCAGUGCCCAGGAGCCUACCCUCGGAGGUCAUCUCCCUGACGCUGGUGAAUGCUGCCUUCUCAGAGAUCCAGGAUGGAGCAUUUUCCCACUUGCCAUUGCUACAGUUCCUGUUACUCAACUCCAACAAGUUCACGCUGAUUGGAGACAACGCCUUCACAGGACUGUCACACCUGCAGUACCUCUUCAUUGAGAACAAUGACAUCUGGGCACUAUCCAAGUACACUUUCCGAGGCCUCAAGUCCCUGACACACCUUUCGCUGGCCAAUAAUAACCUCCAGACACUGCCCAGAGACAUCUUUCGGCCCCUGGACAUCCUGAAUGACUUGGAUCUGCGGGGCAACUCCCUCAACUGCGACUGCAAGGUGAAGUGGCUGGUGGAGUGGCUGGCACACACCAACACCACAGUGGCGCCCAUCUACUGCGCCAGCCCACCCCGCUUCCAGGAACACAAGGUGCAGGACCUGCCACUGAGGGAGUUUGACUGCAUUACCACGGAUUUUGUGCUGUACCAGACCCUGCCCUUCCCAGCAGUGUCAGCUGAGCCCUUCCUUUACUCCAGUGACCUCUACCUGGCUCUGGCCCAGCCAGGUGUCAGUGCCUGCACUGUCCUCAAGUGGGACUAUGUUGAACGGCAGCUCCGAGACUAUGAUAGAAUCCCAGCCCCCUCAGCAGUGCACUGCAAGCCAAUGGUGGUGGACAGUCAGCUGUAUGUGGUGGUGGCUCAGCUGUUUGGUGGCUCUUACAUUUACCACUGGGACCCCAACACCACACACUUCACCAAGCUGCAGGACAUCGACCCGCAGCGUGUGCGCAAGCCCAAUGACCUAGAGGCCUUCCGCAUUGACGGCGACUGGUACUUCGCCGUGGCUGACAGCUCCAAGGCAGGUGCCACCAGCCUCUACCGCUGGCACCAGAAUGGCUUCUACUCCCACCAGGCCCUGCACGCCUGGCACCGCGACACCGACCUCGAGUUUGUGGACGGCGAGGGCAAACCACGCUUGAUUGUGUCCAGCAGCUCCCAAGCACCCGUCAUCUAUCAGUGGAGUCGCACCCAGAAGCAGUUUGUGGCCCAGGGUGAGGUGACCCAGGUGCCUGAUGCCCAGGCUGUGAAACACUUCCGUGCUGGUCGUGACAGCUACCUGUGCCUCAGCCGUUACAUCGGUGACUCCAAGAUCCUGCGCUGGGAGGGCACCCGCUUCUCCGAGGUGCAGGCCCUGCCCUCCCGGGGCUCUCUGGCCCUGCAACCCUUCCUCGUGGGCGGCCGCCGCUACCUGGCCCUGGGCAGCGACUUCUCCUUCACCCAGAUCUACCAGUGGGAUGAGGGGCGACAGAAGUUUGUACGGUUCCAGGAGCUGGCUGUGCAGGCCCCACGGGCCUUCUGCUAUGUGCCUGCUGGGGACGCCCAGCUGCUCUUGGCCCCCAGCUUCAAGGGACAGACUCUGGUAUACCGACACGUGGUGGUGGAUCUCAGUGCCUAGGGGCAUGCAAAAGCCUUUGGGCUCCUCAGGGUGGCUUCUGGGGGCUGGCUAGGAGCCUUCAUGAACAGCAGAUGUGCCCGUGUGAAGACACAUGUGGCCAACCUGCACCUGUGCCCUUGAGUACACACACACCCCCGGUGGGCACAGCAUACCCCAUGUGCUGGCCCAGGGGAGGCACUUACUGUCUCUAUAGUCAGCAUGAGCUCCUGUAAACACGCAAGGCACACCCAGAACCCUCAGCACCUGUGUCCUCCAUCCUGCCUGCAGGCUCCCUCGCUCUGCUGCCUUCCCUACACUCUGCCUCCCUGCCUCAUGCAUAUCAUGGUGCCAGUGGGCUACUGGAAAGAGGAGGGACUGGACCCUCCUGUUGUUGAGUGUCUCCUUCUGACCCUCCGGGCUCUCUUGUCGGUGCUCCGGGCAUUUGUUUACCUGCUCAUGUUUCCCACUGCAGCCCAUGGCUGUUCUGGGUGCACUCACGCCUGCCUGCCCCUGCUGCACACACUCGUGGACUCUGACGGGUACACUCAGUUCCAUAUCUGUCUAUACUCCCUUGCUGUACAC